AUGUCUUUCGACCGGUCGCCAGCUCUGGAGAGCCAGCCCACUACAUACCGCCGCAGCGAUGACCCCGAGUACCGCGACGACCCAGAGUUCAGUCGAUUUAGCGAAAGUCUGUCCGAACAGCUCUUCUCUCUGACCUCCAAGAUCGGCCGUCUGUCACAGCAACUGAAUCUCCUCGGCACAAAGCGGGACACGGAAAGAGUCAGAGAAAGAGUGCACGAUCUUUUAGAUGAGGCGAGAGACGGAUUCAAAGAAGUCGGGGAGGGCGUCAAGAAACUGACGACGUGGGAAGAUUUGAGCGCAUCCCAGAAGUACACCCAACAGAAGCUAUCCCGCGAAUUCCAAGCAUCAGGCACCGAGUUCCAAGCCAUACAACGUCUCGCCCUUGAAAAAGAGCGCGCAUCCGCCUCCGCCGCUCGUACAGCCCUCGACUCGACCGACGCUUCAAACCAGCCAUACUCCGACAGCCCCUCACAGCAGCAAUCGCAAUUACAGGAGCAAGACCAGCUACGUCUAGCCUCGCAAGAUGAAGUGGACUUCCAAGACUCAUUGAUCGUAGAGCGCGAAUCCGAAAUACGGAAUAUUGAGCAGAGCGUUGGGGAGCUGAAUGAGCUGUUUAGGGACGUGGCGCACAUUGUGCAUGAGCAGGGAGCGCAGCUUGAUACGAUAAGUGGCAACGUGCAGAAUGUGGCUACGGAUACGCAGCACGCGGACAUAGAACUGAGGAGCGCGAAUCGGUAUCAGAAGAGUGCGAGGGGCAAGGCUUGUUGUUUGCUGGUGAUUCUUGCGGUGGUCCUACUUAUUAUAGUUCUGGCUGUGGUACUAGGAUAA